AAAAUACUCUUCUCCCCUCUCUCCUCGAAUCCCCAUCGGCUACCUCCGUCGGCAUAGACGGAUCUCUCCGAUCGAAGCAACGCACGCAAUCACGCUAAGAUUAGAUCUCUCUUCUAAGUCCGUUCCUUGAUUUUUCGCUCAUUUUCGUCAUCGAAACCGACGUGGAGAUUUCCAGAUUGGAUUCUAUAUGUCUUCAAAAGAAAAAUCCUAGACGAUCCGUUUACCAUCUUGUUUUCCUAAGAUCUGCGAAAGAAGCCCACCAGAGUUGUGUUUUGCUUCCGGAUCCGCUGCUCUCACGAGUAUCCGGUCGUAGAGGUCCUACUGACUAUCGGUGAAGGUCAACUCGCUUACCUCCAUCGAGACCGAGCUUCCUUUCAGCUACUACAGUCUCCCAUUUUGCCGCCCUCAAGAUGGAAUCAAGGACAUCACAGAGAAUUUAGGGGAGCUCGGAGACAGAUAGCAGGGCUGGGCUCUCCUCAGGGGAGGGAAUCGACAGGAUUUCACAGUGGUGGAAAAGAUGGAAGAUCUAAGCAUCGAGGCGAAGGAGGCUGCUGUACGCGAGGUGGCCAAGAUUCUCCCCCUCCCGGAUCUUCUGGCCUCAAUCGCAUCCAUCAAAUCUGAUUACCUUUCCCGUCAACAGGCAAAUGAUGCACAGCUGAGCACAAUGAUAGCAGAGCAGGUUGAGCAGGCACAUAAGGGCAUUGAUGCAUUGGCUUUGUGUCAAAAAACAAUACAUCAGAUUCGUGGAAAUUUUUUGUCAAUCGAAAAAUUGUGCCAUGAAUGCCAGACACUCAUAGAUAAUCAUGACAAAAUUAAGCUCCUUAGUAAUGCUAGAAACAAUCUGAACACAACUUUAAAGGAUGUUGGAGGAAUGAUGUCAAUUUCUGUUGAAGCUGCAGCAGCUCGUGAUUCUUUAAGUGAUGAUAAAGAACUUAUUCACACUUAUGAGAAAUUAGCAGCACUGGAUGGUAAAAGACGUUUUGUAUUAGCUGCUGCAUCAUCUCACAAAGAAGAGGUUGGACGGUUGAGAGAAUAUUUUGAAGAUGUAGAUCGAACAUGGGAGACAUUUGAAAAGACACUAUGGGGUCAUAUUGGCAACUUUUUUAUGCUGGCCAAAGAAAGUCCACAGACGCUGGUGCGAGCUGUAAGGGUAAUUGAAAUGCAAGAAAUAUUAGACCAGCAACUGGCUGAGGAGGCUGCUGAGGCUGAGGGUAUUGAUGCAAUGGCAUCAAUCGCCAAUCCACGUAGAUCUGCAAAAAAGGGCACAACUUCAGCUGUUUCUCCUAAAACACAAGAGAAGAAGAGUCAGGGAAAAGGUUAUAAAGAUAAGUGCUAUGAACAGAUAAGGAAAACUGUUGAGGCUCGGUUCAACAAGUUAUUGACAGAGUAUGUAUUUGAGGAUCUAAAAGCUACUUUAGAAGAAGCUAAAACAAUUGGCGAGGAGCUUGCUGAUAUUUAUGACUAUGUUGCUCCAUGUUUUCCAACAAGGUUUGAAAACUAACAUCCCA